GUCUGUAACCCAAUGUCUGAAAUAUCAGACCGAGUUCGUCGAGCCCAAAACGUAGAGCUGUAGAGACUUUAAAGCCAAACGCCCGUUUAUUAGAUCUCACACACAACCGAAUGCAAACGACGUCUGUCCUGGAGUCGUAAUGAAAUGAAGAGGACACGGGGUUUAUACGCCACAGAAGAGUGUGCUGUCUACAAGACUAAACCCCGUCAACACAUCAGAUUUUCUCCAAGAAAUAUCGAGGCUGGGUUGUUUCAUUGACGUUCACACAGAGACAUGAGGAAGUGCAGCCCAUGGAUGUUUCUGCCUGUAAUGUUUUCUUUCUUUACAGCUGCUGGUCUCUGGGUUGUGUAUUUCAUUGCUGUGGAGGAUGAGAAAAUCACCCCACUCAGUUCAGAGUACAAGAGGUCCGAAUCAAAAUCUCCUCCAUAUAUCAGUAUUGCAGGCAAUGCUCCACCUGCCAGCUGCGUGUUCAGUCAAGUCAUGAAUAUGGCAGCCUUUGUAGGCUUUAUUCUGGGAGUGCUGCGAUAUCUGCAGCUGAAGCCAAGGGUGCAUAAACCCUGGCUCAACAUCGGCAGUCUGGUGGCUUUGUCUCUGUCCUGCUUUGGUAUGACUUUAGUUGGGAAUUUCCAGCUGUCCAAUGACGAGGAGCUGCAUAAUAUUGGCACGUCCAUGACAUUUGGCCUAGGAACACUAUUCUGCUGGGUCCAGUCUUUCAUGACCCUAAAGGUCAACCUGAGGAAUGAAGGCAGGCGAGCUGGAAUCCCUCGCUUCCUGUUGUCCGGGGCGGUGACUUCCUGCAUGUUGCUUUAUUUUGCUCUGAUGGCUCAGCGGUUGCACAUGCAUGCGGCCCGCGCUCAGUGGGCUCUGGUCAUGUUCUUCCUGACGUACCUGGGCACAUUCGCCAUUGAGUUUCGCCACUACCAUUUCGAGAUCGUCUGCAGCGAUGACCACGAUCCUCCACUCAGCCUCUCUGAAAGCUUCUCCGAGGUCUCCGAGUACCAGUCUGACCAGCUCUAGUCUCACUCUUCAGCAUCUGUGGACUCUCGUACUCCUUCCAGUGCUCCUCACUUCUCAGUCCUGCAUGUCAGCUGAAUGUAAUCUCUUUAGAAAGACCUUCGGACGAGUAUGUCUUCUGAAUGUUAGAUAGGCUUUCGCAAAAGCAUCAAAAUCAUGAAACACAUAAUGAUUUACUGUGAUGUGCUCCAUGUUUAUGUGUCAGAUGAGUGAUGUGACAAGGACACUUUCAAGGGGACGAUCUGAAUACAGGAACAGUUUUUGGCAAGAUAAUCCUUCAGAAACAUUAGGACUAUGCUUUCUUGAUGCAGAGGACACUACAAACCUCACCAAUUGAAUUAAAGGGAUAGUUCACCCAAAAAUGAAAAUUACCAUUUAAAUGCUCAUUUACUCACCCUAAAGCCAUCUUAGGUGUAUAUGACUUUCUUC